AACUCAUAAGAAAACAUAAGAGAAAGGAUCAUUUCUUGUAAUGUUGGGAGAGUAUAUUAAUUAAUCGUAUGACAGAGAGGACAGAUUCAAGUGCCUGUGGUCACGCAGCUGUCAUUAGAUAUUACAAAUCCACCCCUCGAUCCCCUAGCUAGCCAUCUUCUUUCCUGGACAGCAAAUAAGAGUUUGCAGCUGUCGGGUCUCUCUCUCUCUCUCUCUCGGCCACUCCUUCGUGUUAAUUGAACAACCAAACCCCGACCUAACCUAUUUGUUAUCAAAACAACCCUCAAGUAAUAUUAACAACAGCAUCAUAGACUAGCAUGCUAGCUAAUUAAGCUCCAUCCAGCCAUCACUUUCUUUGUCUCAAAAAUAUUCUUGCGAUGAUUCUUUGUGGUGAAGAAGCAGAAUGAAGGAAAUAGGGGGGCGUUUACGUAUAGAGCAGAAAGCAGAGACAACUAGGGGAUGGAGAGGAGGAGCUGUCACAGUUAUCUGAGUGAUAUAUCAAGAGUUCAUGCAUGAAGAAGGAUAAUCACUUGUCAUUUUGAUGAUUUGCAUGCCAUGGCUUAUCCACAUCAUCGAUCUCAAUUUGGAGAUACAACGUUUACAAAAGUUUUUGUUGGGGGACUGGCUUGGGAGACCCCAACUGAGGAAAUGCGUAGAUACUUUGAGCAGUUUGGGGAGAUUCUUGAAGCUGUUAUCAUUACAGACAAAAACACUGGAAAAUCUAAAGGAUACGGAUUUGUGACUUUUCGUGAUCCGGAAUCUGCAAGAAGGGCUUGUGCUGAACGAAACCCUGUGAUCGAUGGCAGAAGAGCGAAUUGUAACAUUGCUUCACUUGGACGGCCGAGACCUUCACCGCCUCGAGGAAGACCGCAAGGUAGCAAUCCCUUCCAGCGAAGUGCACCACCUGGUGCGCCAUCAUACGGCGGAGUUGCAGCACCAUUUCCUCCUCUAGCUCCUCCUCCUCCUCCACCACCACCACCACCACCACCUGUCCUCUAUACACAUUACGGGUAUCCAACCUACACUCCUGACUAUGGGUACCACCAGGCAAUGUAUAACACACAAAUUCAACAGCCAGCUCAAUACUAUCAUCAAAUGUACGGGACAUCAUCAUCCACCAUUGGCGCACCAUACUAUUAUGGCUACUCUUUGCAAGCUCCAAGGACAGCACUCUCUGGACCUCAGGCUCAACGAAUACCUGGACCGUCUUAUUUAUACUUCCCAACGUCUAUGGAGGGGUCCUUCUCUUCGUUUCCUUCUCCAACUAUUCAACCCGCAAGGCAUCCCUUUCCCUCUUCUAGUACAGCUGACUCACCGACUCCACAGCAUACCACCACGGAAACAGAAGCGGGUGCUGUUACUUCAGAAAGUCCAGAUACCUAAGAGAAGAUCUCUAACACAUACUCGAUUCUUGAUAACUUCAUGCUUUCCAUCUCUCAAUCUAUCUCUCCCCUCUUCGCAGUCCAAAUUAAUUUAUGCUGUAGCACCGGUGAAUACUGCUGCUUCAAAGAGACGAUUCGUGUUCACCACAAUCACGGAAGGAAAAGAUGGACUAAUCACCUUAUGCGGAUCCUUUUUACUUUAUUCUUUUUCUUAAAACAAAAAAAAAAGUUCUUCUAUAAUUCUUUCCCGUUCCAUGUUAAUUUGAGUUAAUCAUUCUCAAAGCACAGAAGUUAAACAUAUUUGACAGAAUGUGUAUGAGAAAUACAAGGAAGUGCGAGCAGUCCCUCAAUAAGAAUUUCUGUCCAAGUGACCCCAGUCCAA